AGAACCACGGAGUCGUCGAGGAUUACCGCUACCGCCUGUCCUGCAGCUGCUAAUUGCCUUGCGAUUUUACGCAACAGGCACUUUCCAGCUUAUUCGAAGAUGGGCGUGUGCAGGGACUGCUGCUGGGAGACCCACAGUUGCCAUACCUGUUCACGCCCAUACCAGAGCAGUCAGUCCGUACAGAUGCAGAGCAGAGGUACUCAUGGCUCAUGCUCGGACGAGGAAUCGGUGGAAAGGGUGUUCAGUGUUUGGAAGCAGCGCUUUCCCUGCUUGCAGCUUGUUUUACGAAACAAGCUGCAGACAACAGCAGCUAUCAUUGUUGUCUGUGCCAUUUGUCACAGCAUUGGUAUCAGGCACAAUGAUUAUAUGGAAGAAGCUGAGCUGCAGGCAACAAUGAUGUGCCAAUCCCACCAGUUCCUCUGCGACCUGGGCGCGCCAUGGCCAUCAGGAACGAGUUCAUCAUCCGGCAUUUCAUUCCUGUUGCUGCCGCCAGUCAUGGCUCCACUCAAGUGCUCGGUGCUGCCCCUCAGCGGCAACGUGCAGUUCCAGCCCCUCGUGUGCCAGCUGUGUGCGCAGAGCAGUGUCAUCAUCCUCGGUGGGCAUGACCAGGAACAUUCAUACAUGCAGAAAUUACAUCAUAUUGAAGAUAAUUUAUUAUUUAAUGAUUUUGCAUGUUAUUUAGACAAACACAUUUCAGGGAAAUUGUGGGCAAACUUUGCCUAGGCUUGUAGUAAGCACUCAUGUGGUUUACCACUGAACUACCCUUGUUUGUUUAAAAAUAAAUAACAAUAUUCUUCUACAA